CCCGACAGUUGACUGGCCACAGUGUUGGACAGCGCUUAUGACAUUUAGGUAUCAUGGCGGCGACGAGCGAAGGAAAGAAAUUGGUGCGUAGUCCGAGUGGGCUUCGCAUGGUACCAGAGAACGGUGCUUUAUGCAGUCCCUUCUCACUUGAUGAGCCCCAGUGGGUUCCCGAUAGAGAGUGCCCCAGAUGUAUGCAGUGCGAUGCAAAAUUUGACUUUCUUACAAGGAAACAUCACUGCAGGAGAUGUGGCAAAUGCUUUUGUGACAAAUGUUGCAGUAAAAAGGUACCUCUUCCACGGAUGUACUUCAUAGACCCUGUGCGGCAAUGUGCUGAGUGUGCAUUGAUCUCCCAGAAGGAAAUGGAGUUCUUUGACAAACAGAUUAAGGUGCUCAUAAGUGGGGCUACAUUCCUUGUAACUUCUAGUUUCUUGGAGAAAAGUGAGACAAUGAGUUGUCGGCUGUCAAACAACCACAGGUAUUUAUAUCUGGAUGGAGAAAAUCACUUUGAAAUUGAAGUUGCUCGAAUUAUAAAUGUUCAGGUGCUGACUGAAGGUUUUACUCCUGGAGAAAAAGAUAUUCACACUUACACCAGCCUACUGGAGAACCCGUACAUUACUGAAGGUGGCAAUACUCGUGCCACAGGGAUGCUGAUCCAAUACAAAAUUUUGGGGUCUCAGGAACCAAAACAGCUGAAGUUAAGUGCAUCUGAUGAUUUCAAUAGCAACAAGAAGAUGGCUGUUGGUUGGCUGGCUGCUAUGCACAAGGCAGCAAAACUUCUGUAUGAAUCAAGAGACCAGUAACCCUUUCAGAAUUUCUGAAAAACAAAGAUGCAGCUGUCAGCCUGAAGAGGAAUGGAAAAUACGUUUUCUUGCUCUGGUGUACAGUCAGUUUUUAGUACUUUUGUAUUAGUGAUUUUUCUGAAAACACUUAAAAAUGCAGCAAAUUUCAGGACUAUUUUUGGUGCAUUUAAAUAUUCAGUAUAGUGCAAUAUAAAUUUACAAUGUUUUAAAUGUAACCUUACAUUUAAACUUGCUAAAUAUUAAUCUAUUUUUUAAUCAUUAACUGAGAACUGCACUGCAGUAUUUUGCAAAUAUUAUAUUAAUGUUGAAGUAUAAAAUUCUAAUUACAAAAGUAGAAAAUUGUGUAGACUUCAGUUCUGUAUUUAGCAGGUAGUUUUGACCUGUGACUGAAGAUUGAAAAUGUUUACAUUUAAUUUUAAUAGCAGGAAAUGCUGAAGCCCACAAAGUGCCAUUGUUUUGCUUGGAUUUUAUAUUGUUGCUUUCCCUUCCCCUAGAAUUUAAUUGAUAUACCAAAGGAAAUCCCUCCCCCAUUGUGGAUGCUUUGCAUAACCCUGCUUAUUCCUGCAAUUAUGUGUUGAUAGUCUUCAGAAAGUUAUUGGUUAUUAAUGUGAAGUCUGUAGCAACUGCAUGAAAAAAACUGGAUUGUUAGAAGUCACUUUUGAAGUACUGAAAGUUGCAGAUGAGAUAAUACUAUACCAGCUUGUUGAAUGUUCUGGAAACUGAACAUUGUGUAUAAACCUAACUUUUUAUUUCUUUGAUUACUCAAGUAUUGCAUGUAGAGUCUGAAUUUGAAAUUUGUAUUUGAUGCAACCUAGGGUGUGGGUAGAAAGAAGGGAAAGCAGACCAGCUGUUAAGCUUUCUGGACCAAAUAUUAUAAUUUAAGUUCUGGUUAUGUACAGGAUUCACCUGGACUGAAAUUGUAUUUUAAGUUUGUAUUCAUGCUAGAUAAAUAUCUAAUCUUUGGUCAGUUUCAAGCACCUUCUGUAUAAUAAAAAAAACAUUCAUGUU